UCGCCUGGGAUUACACGGAAAAAACGGUAUACUCUAGGCAAAGUCAGAGUGAAACUGGAACAAACACUUUGAAACGCUUUUGCAGUGCACAUAAAUCAAAAUCACAUACAAUGAAUAAAGACGACAGACGUGCGAAAUCAAUAGAAAAGAAGGCAUCUAAUAGUCGAAAAGCGAGAGAUUCUUCUCAUCAUGGACAAAGUGACAAAAAGUUAAAGAUAACAAAAAGGACUACAAAGCCCCGAGCUAACCCGGAGGCUGGUGAUUACAAUAGGUCAGAAGAACCCGGCAUUCCGCGUUCUAAGCAUAAACCGUUCGAUCUCAUGGGUGAAAAUGUAUCCUCUUUUAAAACGGAAAGACACAAUGUACGUACACCAGGUUCCAAGCAAAAUCUUGAAAGUUUACAGCACACAAAGCAGAGCCACUCUCAGAAGGAAAAUGAUAGGAGUCGAAAACGUGAUAGCCUUUUAAAACAUCAAGAAUCUUAUAAGAUACGUUUGUCUGAAGGUCACCCUACGGGCCAAAAGCACCAUGAAGAAACGGUGUCUAAGGAUGCACUAUCGUCUAGUGUGUCUGGUCACCAAGACUAUUCCGGAAAGCUUCAAACACCAGAAGAAAUAACGUUCCAUCUCUCAAACCGACCUUCGGGUCGAGCAAAAAAUACUGGUUCCGAAAAUGUCGUUGCCGCUCAACAAGUCUUCCAUAGUCGUACGAAGGCCGACGAGCAGUUUACCGAAAGCAGUGAAAAGGGACGUCCUCAAUCUACUGUACCGGUUAAAGAGCGCCAACUGUAUGAAUCGUAUUUAGAGGACUUUGAGGAUUACGGAAGUGAUUUUGAGCAGGCUGAUUCUGACAACCCGCAGUCUUCAGCCUCUGAAGACGCAGAACUAGGCAGGCUGGCCGUAAUAUCUCAACAGUGUGAUGAUCCUCAGGACAAAUCUUCACCUUUUGUAUGGUCCACUGUGGCGAAUCCCAAUUCUCCAAGCGGUUGCAAAACAAGAAAUUACCAAACAGAACCACAGUUUGAGAACUCCCAGUUUAUUGACUUUAAAAGGUCACUUCAAUGUAGCCAUUCGUCUGUGCAGCGACGUAUGUUAAGACGAGCCCACGACCUACGCCGACUAAUUGACUUAGAGUUCGACGGUUGCGGGCAUGUGUUUGAGCUGAGGCCGUUGGAUGAAUAUACCACCUAUAUAUUACGAUAUGGGAAGGCUAAUCGUUCUCAAGCUCAGGUGCAAACGAAUGAAGAUGCUUUGGAUCGGGAUAUUCAGACAGAACCAGUUGAAAUCUGUAAAGAAGGGGGCGUUUGGACUCAGUGGCCGCCACUAGACACUGGUGAAUGUUUUGGAACAGCGAUUCAUUGCGACCUGAAUUCCAAUCAUAUACCAAUGGUCUACGAAGAUGCCUUAACCGCGAUAAUAAACGAACUGUUGGAAGAUUUCCACCCAAACCACGGGAGAUCCUCCAUUGCUGCAAAAGAUUCAAACACAACCCCUUCACGAGGUGCGCUACCCGCAACACGUGGUUUCCUCAAGCAGUUGCGCCUCAUUUCUAGAAUCCUUGAAGAAGAGGCUAUCCAAGAUUUAGGGAAUGUACCGGCUCAGGACCUCUUCCAUUCAGAAGAAGAUACUCCCGAAAAAUUGACACAUUCUGUGUACGGAAGUAGUGGGUGUCUAUUCUGCGAAUUUGCACCUUUCAAUGGAGACAGGCUUAUCACAGUCCAUGGUGGUAACAAAUCACUCACUAGCGACACCAGUGGAGAUCGUUGCGGUUUCAAUCGUCCCUCUGGUGAUGUCAUAUACGUGUGGUCCAUUUCCGACGGUUCAGGCCUUCCAAUGUUUCAAUUAUUUUGUCCUGGACUGUCAGCACCUGAGAACCGUGACCGUAUAAUCAACUGUGCAGGCUUCAGCCCAGAUUCAGCUGCUAAUUAUGUUAUCGGAGGUCUUACUGACGGAAGUCUAUGCUUGUGGGAUUUGUGUCAUUUACCAAACGAGCUGCAAUCUCACUGGAGUGCAACGAAGCACCUGAAGACACAAGCAACCGAAGGAUUAGUGUCGUGCAGGACAAGGUUGCCAAUUUAUUCCACAUCCGGAAUUGAAAUUCAAAAGCUCGAACCAACGCCGUCCGCCCAAACCGUUCAUCUGGAGCCGCUAAAGAAGUCAGAUGCUGGCAAUCACCAUGCUGGCAUUAUCGCACUAGAAUGGAUUAGUGUCUUGAAAGGCAGACCAGUGAAAUCUGACUUUCAGUUUGCUGCCCUUGAUUGCUCAGGAGAGCUCAGCAUAUGGUUGAUUAUGACGCAAGGCAUUGGCAUACAGAAAAACGUAUAUGAAACCAUGGCUGGAUCGCAGGUUGACUUGGGUCUUCGGCCAAGUCGACACACUGUACGGAUGUUGCGACUGAUGUACCUUAGUGUUCGGGUACCGUGUUCUGAGCUACCACCGUUUACUUCCUUCAGUCAGGAACACGAAGAGGACAGAGGACGCUUACAGUCAAAAACGGAGUUUUGUAAGAGGACGAAAGCUAUUGCAACGGUGAUGUCCAUAACUCAUGAAGGCAAUUUCCUUGUUGGGUUUAAUGAUGGGAGACUGGUACAGCAGUCUCGUUCUAUAGAACGAAAUAUCUAUCCAAAAGAGUUCGAACACCCCCCUAGUCGAGCAGCCCUUAUUUGCUUGGCAGUUCAUCCGGAACGAACCCUAAAUAUUGUGAUAGCAGGAUACACUGAUGGGGUGAUUCGACUCUUCAGUAUGCGGCACCCUUUUGUCUUACAGCAGUGGUAUCUCUCCCAGUGUCGGGUUCAACUUGACAGUGCUAUUAAAAUUUCCUGGACUCAAUCGUUACCAUCCGUAUUUUUCAGCUUGAGUUCUUCUGGACAAGUGUGUAGUUGGGAUAUUUUGGGAAAUCUGACCUGCAAAGGAGUCAGUCUCAUUACAGAAGAGGACCAAAGAGAAAACAACCAAAACUAUCCGGAUGCGAACUCGGACAAGAUUACUGAUUUCUCUUUGGGACACAACAACCUGGUCAACAUGGAUGGAACUCUUGUCCCGUCGACUGCCAUCGCACUCAUAUAUCCGACCACCGUCAAGAUUCAGUGGCUUCAACCGGAUUCAGUAGGUACCGUAUCAAAUGACUUGGCUUGUUUAAAGACUCAUUUAGAUUGUCUGAUAGCUCAGUAGUAAUUGACUCGAGUCUGUCAAGAUUUCGGGUAUCAAAACGGUGUACAAUAAUUGUGUUUACUUGCUGUGCUACACAGAUCUUUCACCAUGCCAAAAUAAUAUAUA